GUACCGGGCUGAGCUGCUCGAGUCAUGGCAGCGGCGCCCGCGAACCCGCGCACCGGGAGCCCGAGAGCGCAGCUGCCGCCCUGCUAUUACGAGGGAUACCUGGAGAAAAGAGGAGCGAAAGAGAAGUAUGUAGAGAAGUUGGAUCUGAGUGGGUUUGUGUCUCUGAUCGAUGACCCAAGUCGUGAUCGAAAUCUGGAGGCAGCCAGACUGAAUCUCCGCAUGAAGGAUGGAGAAAUCAAACUCACUGCUCCAAAUCUGGAGGCGCGUGAGCUGUGGAAAGGUUUUCUCUACUCUGUCGUAGAUCUGGCUGUGCCCACGACUCUCACCCUCCUGCCCGGCCAGCUGCACAUGCUGAAAGAAGUCGUGGAGAAAGAAAAAAUGCGUCGACAGGCACGCGUGUCUUCCAGAGCCCCCUCGUCCCCCCUCUCGCUCCCGCUGGUGGGGGAAAUACCUGCGUGUUUCAGGCCUGUGUCUCGUACUGAAGCUGAGGUGCUGUUAGAAAGACAUCCAGACUGUGGGAACAUGCUUCUCAGACCAGGCCGAGAUGGAUCUUCACUCGCCGUCACCACACGACAAGACCUGAAUGGAAAUCAGUCAGGGUUGGAAAGGCAUUUUUGGUAUGUAGAGAAGUUGGAUCUGAGUGGGUUUGUGUCUCUGAUCGAUGACCCAAGUCGUGAUCGAAAUCUGGAGGCAGCCAGACUGAAUCUCCGCAUGAAGGAUGGAGAAAUCAAACUCACUGCUCCAAAUCUGGAGGCGCGUGAGCUGUGGAAAGGUUUUCUCUACUCUGUCGUAGAUCUGGCUGUGCCCACGACUCUCACCCUCCUGCCCGGCCAGCUGCACAUGCUGAAAGAAGUCGUGGAGAAAGAAAAAAUGCGUCGACAGGCACGCGUGUCUUCCAGAGCCCCCUCGUCCCCCCUCUCGCUCCCGCUGGUGGGGGAAAUACCUGCGUGUUUCAGGCCUGUGUCUCGUACUGAAGCUGAGGUGCUGUUAGAAAGACAUCCAGACUGUGGGAACAUGCUUCUCAGACCAGGCCGAGAUGGAUCUUCACUCGCCGUCACCACACGACAAGACCUGAAUGGAUCAGUGUUCAGGCAUUACAGAGUGACACAGAAGCAGCAGGGUAGUUACAUCAUCGACGUGGAAAACCCAAUCCCCUGUCCCACACUGCAUGAUGUCAUCACUGCACUGGUGGAGAAAACUGCCGGGACUCUUCAGCCCUUUUUAUUAGAAGAGCCUUAUGAGGAGAACAUCACAUUUGUGUCAUCCAACGAUGAGAAUGGAGAGCGAACCCUGCACUGUGCUCCCACUGGACCUCUUUCUCGCGCUCCAUCACUGCCGCCUAAACAAGUAGGUACAGACAGAUGGUCGCUGCGGUCACAGACGAGAUCUCCCAGUUCCUCACCAAGAUCCUUUUCCCCGCCUGGCUCCCCAUCCAACUCCAUGAGAAGGCUGGUUCUGUCUCCCUCACCGCUCUCUCAGAGCCUUACAGACGAGCUCAAACAGAAGCUGGAGAAGAGACGGACCAAUCAAGAGUGAUCUCCUCCACGUUUCUGCCCACCCUUCGUCGUCUCCUUCCAGUGCCUUCCAAUAAAGACAGAUUUCCUGUUGAAUGGACAAGGACUCCCUGUAAUCGACAUUCUUCCCUCAGUGUGACUUAAACAAUGCCACUUUAUUUGGCUUUAUCAAUUACACGAGAGCCGAGGUCCCCCAGCUUAUCCUGCCUCAUAAUAAUGCUGUCACAGAAUGAGGCCGUUUCCGUUGAGAUUACUGUAAUUUAAAUGGGAAAGAUCUGAGCCAAGAUUCUCGAUACCUCUUACUCUCUCUGUUCUAUUGAUUAUUAGACCUCAACACUCAGGUUUAGACUGACAAAACCAUGAGUCGAGAGCACAUUUCCACACAUUUAAGAAAGAAGCACAACAAACUUGUCUUAAAAU